UGUGCGCUUUGGCUUUGGUGGUCUGUCUGCCCACACUCGAGUAAAUGAAUGAUGCAUAUACCCUGUAGGUUUUUCCCUGGUGGGCUACUUUGAAGGUCACUGAAAAUGGUUCACCCACCUGUAUGAUUAAAAAAACAUGCUUAAAGGGGGUGUUGGUAGUGGGAGUCCGUGAUGCUGCUUCCUGUCUCCAUUGCACAUCAGAAUUUCCCCUUCAGCCCACCCACUUUAGUUUUGUAGCGUGCAGUGGGUCGCUCUAAGUUAUUCUCUCUCAUGCGUGCGUUGGUGUCACAUUGCUCUUCUGUCAAUACAACUGCUUUUCACUGCUUCUGAAUCGAAGUAGAGACUGGAUGCAUUCAAGAGAUAAAUUGACAGACAAGAGAAUAUUUUGGAGACAUCACACCACAGCGCACUGAUGAAGGUGUUGAGUGGCCACGUUGUGACAAAAUCUCUGCUUGAGGACGGCAUAGACCUACUCAUCAUGACUGCCUCAGAUGUUCAUAACAAUAUGGGACUUUCCCAAUGUAAGCAACCAUAUGACAGCAAGUUGGUGAACUGUGACAAUAUUAGCCGAAAGCGCUGGAGGAAAGUUUUUCAGCGGGUAAAAAGAAAACAGAUGGAUCCGGGUUCUGCUACUAAGCUUCAAAGCAAGUUACUUUUUGGACAAGCUUUGUCAGAUGUUUGUGAAAAAAAUGGCAAUCCCCCAAAACCCAUUAUGGAUAUUCUCUUGGUGCUGUGCAGAAAGGGCCCAUACACAGAAGGUGUGUUCAGGAAAGCUGGUAAUGCCAGGUCUCUGAAAGACAUUAAGGAACAACUCAACAAUGGAGUGGAAGUGGAUCUGAAAAAUAAGCCUGUGAUCCUACUAGCUGAUCUUCUCAAGGAUUUCUUGAGGCACUUGCCUGGCAGUUUGCUAAUGGUGGAUCAAUACCAGGCCUGGAUGACAGCACUGCAAAAAAAUGAUUUACAUGAAAAGUGCACUGAGCUCCAAUUGGUGAUUAAAACGCUUCCAGAACCAAAUGUUGUCCUCCUGAAACACCUAAUUGUUUUGCUCUACCACAUACAUGCCAAUGCAGAUAGAAACAAGAUGGAUUCCCACAAUUUAGCUCUUUGUGUUUCACCCAACUUGCUCCAAACGGACAUUGAACUGAUAAAAAAAGUCACAGAACUGACUGAGUUCCUCAUUGAAAACUGUUGUGAAAUAUUUGGAAAGGAUGCACUGACACUGCUUGGGGAGCCAGAAGAGGAAAUACUCAGUGAUAAAAAUGAUUCACUGACCUCACUCCAUGAUGAUUCUGCCUAUGAGAGCAAUGACACUGACGUGGAUGGUUAUAGAGGGAGCUGCACAGAAAUGCACGCCUUCCAUUCUGAUUCUGAAGAGAAAACUCUGGAUUGCUUUCAAGUGUCCUCCUCCCUUGAUACUAAGAGGAAACACACUAGCAAAACUUUUAUUCGCAGGUGCUCUGAGCCAACAAUUGUUUUCAACAAAAGUGCUCGAAACCAGCCUGCCCUAAACAGGAGCCACACAGAGAUGGACUUUUAUGGACAUAAUUUGACCAAACAGAUCUCAGAUGAAUGUGUUUUGCUUGGGUCUGAUAAAAAGUUGUCACUUAUGUCUAAGAACAUCUAUAUUUCACCUCCAGGUGAGCAUUUCCAGUAUACAUGCAAAGACUGCUCCUUGAGUUCUCUGGAAAGCUCCUUCUCCAGUGCCUCAGGGAACUUGCAAACUAACUCCCAUAUCAAUUCAUCCUCCAGACACACACAGGCUGUGCAACGUAAAAUGUCUUUCCCCAGCUGUUCAAAGGCAAAUGGGACUGUGCUUGGUGAAGCCACCAAGAAACGUUCCCAAUCAAUGAAAACACCAAAUUCUCGGACUAAGAUUUGCUUUUCUCGAGGUGGCAUUAGCAAGCGAGCUCAGAAAGCCUUACGCCACAGCCAGACACUCCCUGAAGUGCUGUCUUUAGACACGACCUUCCUCGUGUCACAAAAACCCAGACGUUUAUCUAGUGAGGAAGUGUUCCAGCAAGUGGACAGCAGGAUUUUAAAUAAUCCUCCAUCGUAUGAGCAGGCAAUUAUAGACAAUGCUCAAACUGUGCUUUCACUCUGCAGCCCAUUGACUGUUGACGCUGCCAGGUGUCUGUCAAAGCACACAAGCAGUCAGUCCACAUUCCCUGAAGAACCAUCAAAUUCCUGCUCAGUGAAACAUAGCAUUUGCUGGGGUGGAGAGAGGAAUGAUGUAUUGGCUGUGUCAUCUACCCCACCAGAGUCACAACAGGUGACCAUAUCAGAGACUGAACCUGAAGAAUCUAACAAUGACCUGGCACACUGUUGUAGUCAACAACUGUUGUUGACUUUGAAUGUCAGAGAGUCAUAUGUGUAACGUAAUAUUUUGUUACAUCCAUUAAAAUGUGGGUUAUUUUUCUACUGAUGUAUUUUGAGGCAAAAAAGUAUUGGAUCAAAAUCACAAGAGCUUCUAAGAAGUCUGUAAUCGUAUAUAUAAUUUUUAUAUAAAAUACAGCUUUGAUCAGCUUCUGUGGUCUAUGAAAUGUAUUGCAUCUGCACUUUAUUUUGUUGUCUUGUCCACCAUCAUAGCAGUCACGUCUUGUCUUGAGGCUACAGUGAAUCAAGUGGUAUCAAUGUCAAUCAAAUGCCAUUACUACGAAUCAUUAGUCAGAUGUAGAACAUACGUCUCUGUACGGUAACACUGAGGGAAAAGCGCAUUCCUCACGGUGACCUGCGAUACUUAUUAAACCUUGUACGAUACUACCACGCCCAGUGUGUAUGAAGUAGACUUAAGGGGAGAUUUUCGAGGACAGUUUGACAAGAUACACACCCAGGGUAGAAAAAAAUAAAGCUGUUUAUGCAAAAUGGAUGUUAAUAGCACUUUUGUGACCUUAUACACAAUAAACUUUUGUCUGUUGUCUUAUCA